AUGGGAGAUUGGUCUUUUUACGACUACAGCCCUAGCAAAGUUGGAGCGAUCAUCGCGUUGCUUUUCUAUGGCGCCAGUGCCGGCUACCACGUAUUUCAACUAGUCAAGUUGAAGUCCUACUUCUUUGCUACAUUCAUCAUUGGAGCUAUCAGUGAGUUGUAUUCCGAUGGAACAUUGCCGACCCGACUAGCUAACCUUUUCGGCAAAGUGAUGACCCUAGGCUACAUAUUCCGAGCCGUUUCGGCUGGAGACCAGACGGCCCUGGGUCCUUAUAUCGCACAAAAUGUCUGCAUUCUCCUCCCACCUUCCCUUUACGCUGCCACCAUUUACAUGAUAUAUGGGCGUAUCGUAAUCUACGCCAAAGAGCAGGCUCUGUCUAUUGUGUCGCCGCUGAAAGUGACGAAGAUUUUCGUUAUUGGGGAUGUGCUCGCAUUUCUCACACAAGCCACUGGAGGCGGCAUGAUGGCAAUAGCUUCUAUGUCGCGGAUGGGGCAGAUCAUCACUAUCGUUGGGCUUUUUAUCCAACUCAUAUUCUUCGGGGCUUUUCUCUCGAUCUCGAUUAUAUUCGGGCGGCGGGUUCAACGAAGUAAGACCUCACUUCUCAACCUGCCAUACGGCGUCCUACUAUAUGUUCUGUUUGCUGUCUCCGCAUUGAUCAUCGUUCGUUGUCUCUAUCGCAUUGUCGAAUUCUGUCAAGGGAAUGACGGGUACCUCAUGAACCAUGAGGCAUUUAUGUACGUGUUCGACACGAUUCCAAUGUUCAUAGUUCAGGUUGUCUUUCAUUUCUACCACCCUGGGAAGAUACUCUCUCCAGAGAGCUAUUGUGGCGUUGGUUCAGAGAUGCGCUAA